GUCGCAAUUUCGAGUCAUCGUCUUAUGCCGGAGUUACAAGCUUCAGCAGAUACAUUAUUUUUUCCCAUACAUUUCCAUACGAGCUUUUACAAUUACACACCGAUUCAUGAUUUUGCUGAUUCCAAAUAAUGCAGUCGAGUACGUUCUCCACAUGAAAAAAAAAUUUUUUUAGUUACCAUUCGACUGCACACAUCACAUCCAUCUUACGUGAUUUAUAUAAUAAUAGUCGAUACCAUUCAAAGGCUAACGUAUCGUAGACUGCAACGUUCACGAGAAAUUAAACCAAUGACGACAUUCAGAGAUCUCAGAUACUCUCAUAGGCUUAAACUGAGUCAAUCUUUCUAGAUCUGCUUCGUCCGUUUCUAAAAAUCGUGACAGUACUUUGUUCUCAGAACACGGUGUUUAAGAGACGAACUGGGAGAGGUAUUAAGAUUAGCAUCGAUAUCAAGCGUGUUAAAACUCACACGUGAUUGCAGAGAGUUCAAUUACAGAGACAUUUCAACACUUUCACAGUCAAUAUGAUGUUUGGCAUAAGUACUAUAGACAAUAUUCAAAGCUCGCUUGCAGAUAUGGGGUACUGGCACACAGUCACGAUCCGGCCACGGAAAAACCUCACUGGACCCUUUUCACAGUCUAUGAUGGCGUAUUUAUAGUUAAUAAAUCCAUCUAUCUUAUAAGGAGCAUUAUCACCAUUAGCUAAAACUAUAUAUAAAACAAUUUCUUGAAAUAAAUGAACAUUACCUGAAGUGACUUCAAAACAUACAAUGUAAAAAAAAUAAAAUAACCACGUUCUUAAAAAUAAAGGUGCUUAAAAUGUUCUUCACACCGAUAGAUUUAUAGAUUCAGUUAUAUAAAUAUCACGAUUAUUAUAUUGACAAAAGCUGACUUAAACCGGCCCCUUUUUGCACACGUUUAUAAUCUGAAGAACCUUCUUUCACCACAAAAAAAACAAAACUUUUGCGAAACCGAAAGGUUCUUCUUUAUAAAGCACCUUUAUCUUCAAGGGUGUAUGAUUAUUCACGGCUGUUCCCAACAUACUGCUCACAAUUCACAAGCACAUAAAAUAAACUAGUUAAAAUAAUAACGGUAUCGAUCUGGCUCUUUGCUAAACUACAUUCAGUGGAUAGGAAAUGAUUGUUUUUUAAUGUAUAGGGUAUAAACAACACUAUUUUGGAUUAAUUGUGAGGCGAAGCCAGUUACUAUCAUCUCAACCGACAUUUCUUCAUUGUUUCCUUCUACUGAAAUACUGGUUUAGACCUGAAAAACCGGUGUGGUUAUGACAGUGGUGGACUCUCCCUUAACCUCUAGACCUCCGAGGCCAUGCAUCCAAGUGCUUCUUUCUUCCUUUGAGUUCAUGAGAGCUUGAUGUCCUUCAUCAGUCUGACUCCGUUUCGCUGCUGGAGAGCAUCUCCGCGGAUGUCCCACUGCGUCUUCUGGUCCACCAGUGCAGGCCCCUAUGAAGAGAAUCACAUACCGCUACCGUGUACCUGGCAAACACUGACAUCCACUUGAUCACUUCAGCAAAACAGUUUACCGAGCGAGAAACGAAGCUCGCAAACACCGUGAUGUAGUGUGCCAGAACGACCAGACUGCGUCCUAACCGUUUUCCAUAAUUAAUAAUCACGUUAAGCUUUAAAUCGUGUCCCAUUCUGUUCUGAACCAUGAUGCAAACCAAACAAUCCUCGGUAACCGGUCGCUAUUAUCUCCCGCGAACGACCAUGCCCGCUUCGUUUCGCUCCUGCGCUUUUAUUUUGCGGACGGUCCCCCCGAGGCGCGGUCGCGGGUAGUUUUCACACGCUCCCUUGCGCGGUCCAAUCGCGGCGCCGCGUUUCUGUUUCCGGGAUGUUUGGUGAUGUGGCUCUGAAAUCCUGGAGACGAAAUUGAUCAAAUAAACCACGCAGCUCUUCCCCGCGCCGCACGCUCAGGUCAGCCAUGUUUAGCCGGCUGACACAAGGGGUGUCCUCUGUCCUCCAGGAGCUCUCGGGUGAGGAACGCUCCGAUGGAGACUUCCAGCAGGAUGGUCCGGUACCUCAGCCCCAGCCUGAUGCUGAUGCUGAAGCAUCCUCGGAGGGCUCUGGGACCUCAGAAGAGCUUCUGGAGAGGCUCGCCCAGACCGAACAGCUUGUGGUGCAGCUGAAGGAUCUGAUUCGAGAGAAGGACAGCCAGCUCGCCAGCUCUGAAAAACAUCUCAAGGAAGAGAAAGAGCAGGCGGAAGUCAAGUUUACAAAGCUUAAAAUGCAGGCCAAAGCCAAGAUGGCCGCCCUAAACAAACAGCUCAAUGAGCUGAAAGGACAAGAAGCAUUAAACAGCAGUCAGAAUUCAGAGAGCUCCUUCCAGAUGCCUCCAGGAGUGGAGGAGGAACUCCAGCAGCUGAAAGAAAAGCUCAGCCAGGCAGAGUUGGCUAACAAGUCCCUCCAACAUCAGCUCUGGGAGGCCGAACAGCGAGUGAGAGAGGAAGGUCACGCAGAGCAGGUGCGGAUUCUGCAGGCUGUGGUGAAGGAAAAAGACGUGCGAUUUCAAGAACAAAUCCUCAAGCAUGAGCAGGAACUCCUUAAUCUCACGCAGGUCUCGAAUGACCCUGAUUUACAGCAGGCUCUUCGUGCAUCCCAGCAGCGCACAGAGGAGUUGGAGGAGUCCUUGCGCUCUCGUUCAGAAGUCCUAGAAAUGUUGCAGCAGGAACUCAACAGUGCAGACCAGCAGAAACAGAUUCUGACUGCUCAGUUCAGGCAGAUGGAAUUGGAGUUGGCAGAAGCCCGGCGACUGAGAGAAGAGGAGAGGCAGCAGUGGGAAACGCGUGCCGAGGAGGAACUCCAGGCUCUUAGAGCCAGACUAGAGGCUACAGAGAGUGAGAGAGAACAUACCCUCAAUUCUCUCAACGCUGAAUUACUGAAAAAGACCACUGAGAUGGAUGAAAUGAGAGCAAAAAUUCAAUCUGCUGAAAGAGAGAUAGAAGAGACGCUGGAGAAAUCAAAAGAUAAAGAAAAUGCCUUUGAGGCUGAGCUGGCCAAAAUGAAAGUAUGUCUAGAAGCCAGAUUGGAGACAUCAGAAAGUGAGAGAGAGCAGACCAUCACUACACUCAACAUCAACAUCACACAGCUUAAUGCUGAACUGCUGAAAAAGACCACAGAGUUGGAUGAGAUGAGGGAGAAAGUUGAAUCUGGGGAAAGAGAGAAGGAAGAAAUGCUGGAGAGAAUGAAAGAGAGAGGAGCUAGCUUUGAGGCAGAGCUGACUAACAUGAAAGCAACUCUUGAAACUAGAUCGGAAACAUUAGAAAAUGAAAGAGACCAGAACAUCAGUGCUCUCAAUGCUGAGUUACUGAAAAAGACAGCAGAGGUAGAUGAAAUCAGAGAAAAACUUGAAUCUGGGCAAAGAGAGAAGGAAGAAAUGCUGGAGAGAAUGACAGAGAGAGAGCGCACCUUUGAGGCAGAGCUGACCAACUUGAAAUUAUCUCUACAAAGUAGAUUAGAAACUUCAGAAAACGAAAGAGACCAGGACAUCAGUUCUCUAAAUUCUGAGUUACUGAAAAAGACCGCAGAGUUGGAUGAAAUGAGAGCAACACUGGAAUCUGAAGAAAGAGAGAAGAACGAAAUGUUGGAAAAAUGUAAAGAGAGAGAGGCUAGCUUCGAGGUAGAGCUGAGCAACGUGAAAGUAUCUCUAGAAGCCAGAUUGGAAACCACAGAAAGUGAAAAGGAGCAGGCCAUCAGUGCUCUCAAUGCUGAGUUACUGAAAAAGACCACAGAGUUGGAUGAAUUGAAAGAAAAACUUUCAGCUGAGGAGAGAGAAAGUCUGGAGACAUUACAGGAGAGACAAACACGGUUUGAGACUGAGCUGGCGAGCUUGCAAGCCUGUCUGGAAGCCGCCGAGAACCAGAAAGAGGAACUGACAAAGAAUCUAGAGGUGGAGGUGGCAAGCCGUAUGGAAGAGCUUAAUCAUCUCCAGGAGAAGCUCAGUGAAGUGGAGAGAGCAAGGGAAGAAGAAUCUAAGAGUGAAAGAGAUCGCUUAGCACAGAUGCAAAACGAGCUUGAGUCCUUAAGAGAGACACUGGAUACCAAUAAAGAGGAACAGAAAGCAGGACUACAAGCCAAGGAUGCACUGGAGAAACUUUGGAAAGGGAUUCAGAAAUUGACAACUGCUGGGGAGGCAGAGGUGGAAACGGCCAUUCCUACUGACCCUGUACAGUUCUUAGAGGCGUUACCUGCUCUAGAAGCUCGGCUGAGCAACUUUACAGACGAACAGCAAGAGAGUCAAUCACGCAUGUCCCAGAUCACACUCGCUCUGCAAUCUCUGCAAGGUCAACUGGAUAAGAGCACAGCUGAGAGAGAGGAAGCAGUUGCUAGGAUACAGGAACUGGAGCAACAACUUCUCACUGUUCAGGUUGCUAGUGAGUCAUUACAUGAUCAUGUGACUGACCUGUCUGUGAAGGAUUUGGACAGGACACGCCAGGAUAACAGUGAAGAUGGGCAUAGUUCAGAAAACAAAUUUCAGACGGACCAGAUGUUUCUGGAGCAGCAGCUUGCAGACAGAGAAAGGGAACUCUUUGCUCUCAAAGAAAAACUGUCACUCACUACAGGCAAAACUAUUCCAGAGGAGGAAAGUGCCGACAGCCCAAGCAGAGGGGACAUCGCUGGGUUGCACGACAACUCUAAAGCUCUAACUGAGGUUCUUGAGGGCACACAAGAGGAAGAGACAACACUUGUGGCAGUUGACACAUCUGCUCUUUCUGGUUCUGCUGGCAAUGAGAGUAGCCCUGAACUCAUAGCACCCCAGCCUGAGUCUUCUGGAGAAUCAAAGGGUACCUCCUCAGAUGAGAUGGUGACGAGCAGUGACUCAGAGGUCGCUCAUAGUAGCUGGACUCUUCUGGAGGCGGUCAACCAAGAUGGGACUCAAGAGUGGGCACCCCAAAUUCAAGACUUUGCCUCAUUGCGCUUAUCCACACAGUCUUGGGAAGAGACCUGUGAAGAGCAUGUUGCAUCAACUAGCUGCAUAGUUGAUAUUGAAUCACCAUCUUUAAUUAUUCAUGAAACUGUACAGGUACGUCUUGGCCAACAGGAGGGAAGUCUGCUAAAUACAGAUUCAAGCACUGGUCAGGCUUUUGCACAAGUCUUAGCAGAAGAGAUUCAGAAAAGAUAUAGUGAACUUCUGGGAGAGCUUCAGCAGUUGAAAGAGACAGCUUUACAAUCAGAGGAGAGAGUCUUCCAGCUGGAGGAAGCACUGAAGUCACUCACAGAUUCCAGAAAUGAGGUUCAAUCCAAGGCAAAAAUAUACGAGAAAGAGCUGACUGAAGUUAAGGCAUUGUUUGAGCAAGAAAAAAUAGAUAGGGAAAAUGUUGCAGAGCAGUUUGAAAACAUGAAGGAAGAGGUUUUCUCUAAAGAUGAUAAGACGAAAGCCUUACAAGCAAGCCUUGAUGAAGUCCAUCAAAGACUUGUCGAACAAGAAGGACAAGCUAGAAUGCUUGCUGCUCAACUAGAGGAUAGAGAGCUCACUUCCUCUGAACUGGAACAGAAGCUUGUGGACACGGAGGGCAGGUUAGUGCAGGUCUCUCAGGAGGCUGAAAUGGCGAAAUCUGCUCUCGUUGAGAGGACUGUUGAGUUAGAAGAUCUACAAAAGUGUUUUUCAAAGAAAGACCAGGAGAUGAUGGAACUCAGUGAAAGCAUGACUGCCAAACUACUCCAGGCUGGAGAGGAAAAGUUUGCAGUAUCCAGUGAAGUCAAAAAGCUAAAAGAGCAAAUACAUGAACUUGAGAGUAUCAGGGAUGACCAGCAGAAAAUCAUAGAGGAUAAAAAUGCAGAAUGUGAGGAGCUUGUUGAUUUAAGAAAGGAGAAUGAUGACUUGAAUACUCAGAUGGCUGCCAUGAAGAAAGAUGGAGAACAGUUCAAGAGAAAGCUUCAGGCAGCUCUGAUACAGCGGAAAGAAUUGUUGAAAAAAGUUGCAGACUUUGAGAAGGAGGCUGAGAGCAGGGAAGAAAAGGAAAGGGAUGGUAAUGAAGAAAUAUCUGUUAAGUUCAAAAAUGAAAUUAAGGAAAAAGAGAAAGAAAUACAAAGACUUGAUGCUUUGUUGCAAGAGACCAGAGAUGACUUAAAUAUAAAAAAAGAGACCUUAAUAAGUCUGAAACAAAAAAUCAGUAACCAAGAUCAAGCAUUGACUGAGUCACAUGCAGAAAUAGAACAUUUGACUGAGCGGUAUGUACAACUAAAUGAACAACAAAUGUCACAGAUGGCUGAGGACAAAAAUAGGCUUCUUUCACAGAUAGCGGCCAUGGAAUCUGACAUUGAAAUAUUUCAUAAAAAGCUUAAAGAUGCUGCUGGUGCUCAUGAGGACGCUGUUGUGAAAGCUCAAGAGAAAGAUCAGCAUCAUCUUGAGCAGAUGAGACAACUGAAAGAGGAGUACAGUGACCUAUUUGAACGCCUCCAAACUGAAGAGAGAGAAAAAACUGGGUUGUCCAAUCGUAUUGCAGAGCUUGAAGGUCUUCUAGAAUCAAAGAAUAUGGCAGGUGAAGUUGUGAGUGUAAAUGUGGAAAGGAAUGUUGGGUCUGCUAGACAAAAUCUAGAGAAACCAGAGACAAACGAUUGGGUUCAGGAGGACUGGGUGGAUUUUACUUCAGCCGAGACUGAGACACAACAAAAUAAACCUGGUGAGCAAUGUCAACAGCCCGUGGUAAAAGAUCAUGAGGAUAUUAUAAAUGCUCUCCAGGAGGAAUUAAGAAUUGAACGGGCUUCUCUUGCGGAAUUAGAUGUGCGCCUACAAGAGAGCCAGUUCUCCCAAUCACUUACUGAUAACAAAUUCAAAGAGCUUUGCAAAGAACUUGAAGCCUUGAGAGAAAAGGAGAGGCAGAUUGAUGCUCUUACUGAGGAAAUGGAGGCUCUUAGGGGGAAAUGUCAGAGAGCUGAAGCUAAUGCAGAGAAAAUGAAAGCGGAGGUGGAUGAGGCUUGGGAAGCAGCUAAAAGUAGCAUUUCAGAUGCUGAGUCCCCAAUCAAAGCACUUCAGUCAGAAGUAGAGGAGUUUAAACAAUUUCUUAAAAACAAGAAUGAUGAGAUUGUUGAUUUAAGUCAACAGCUUAGUGAACAAAGUUCACUUUUACUUAAGAUGCAGGAAACGGUACUGGAAAAAGAUCAGCAGAUUGCUUCCUUGCAAGAAGGACUUAAGGCCGAGCAAGAUAAGGUUCAAAAACUGGAAGCAGAAAUGCCACAACGUGAGGAAGAAGAGAAGGAUAAUAGCGCCAAAUUCCAGCAGCUACAACGCAAACUGCAGGCUGCUCUUGUAUCACGUAAGGAGGUGCUCAAAGAGAAACAGGUGCUAAAGGAGGAACAGGCUGCCGCUGAGGUGAUCAAAUUAGAGCUACAACAGAAGCUGGAGUUAAUAGAGUCGGAGCUGAACAAGUCAAGAGAAGAGAGGGAAAAAUUAAUUGAAGAGGUGGAUCGAACUUUGUUGGAAAACCAGAGUCUGCAUGCCUCCUGUGAGAGCCUUAAACUUGCCAUGGAGGGUGUUUUGAAUGAGAAGGAUGCAUGUAAACGUCAGGCUGAAAGUGCCAAAGAGGAAUCCAAACAAGUGUGCAGACAGCUGGAAGAAAAGGUGCAAAGUAUGAAAGAAGAGUAUGAAUCCCUCCUCAAAUCAUAUGAAAAUGUAAGCGAUGAGGCUGAACGAGUGAGACGAGUGCUUGAAGCUGCUCGACAAGAGAGGCAGGAGUUAGCAGCCAAGGCACGAGCUCAUGAGGCAGCCAGACAAGAGGCUGAGCGGUUAGCUGAAGAAGCUAUGAAGGAGGUGCAUGUGGUGAAAGAAAAAAUGAGAAAGUUUGCCAAGGUUAAGCAUCAGAAGAUUAUGGAUCUAGAGGAGGAGAAUGAAAAGCUCAGGGAACAGGAAGAGAAGAAAUUAACUAAACAAAAAGAUUCUGAGCUAAAACAAGAGCUUGAGAGAGUCAAGCAAGAGCUUGUGUCCUUGAAAACAAAUUAUAAUACUAUUAUGGAUGAAAAGAACUCUUUGGAGUUUGAAGCUGAGGAGUUGAGACAGCGUUUGGCUGAGGACAUUGACAAAAAGGGAAGUGAGAACCUGGACACAUGCUCUGUGGAAUCCAUUAAGGAGGUUAAAAUGGUCACACAGCAGAGAAGUCUUGAUUUAACUGAAAUUCAAGAUUACCAGAGUGAUAGUAUUCCCCCAGAGGCCAAUCCUAUUAAGUCGUUGGAAUCCAUUGGUACUGCUCUUGAACAAGAAAAUGUUGAGAUGACAGCUCAAACGAAGGACAGGCUCAAGGAACUGGAAACCCUUCUCAAAACAGCAGAGGAUAAAAUAAGGGGACUUGAAGCUGCUCUUGAAGAUCACAUGGAAUCCAGAAACAAGCAAGAGUCAACACUGAAUGCAGAGCUUGCUUCCCUCAAGCAGCAAAUUCAAGAGUCUUCAGAAAGAGAGGGGCUCCAGAAGGAAGAGCUCUCUAAAAAAGAGACCCAACUGCAAGAACUUCGCACAAGCCUAGAGGCUGAAAGGGAUGACCUGGAGGAGCGAUUAAUGAACCAACUGGCUCAGCUUAAUGGCAGCAUUGCAGGCUACCAGCAAGAGGCAUCUGAUAGUCGUGAUCGCCUCACAGACAUGCAGAGGGAUUUGGAGAAACUGGAGAGAGAGCAGACUGAGCUGGAGGCUGAGGUGGCAAGUGAGAGGGACCGGGCAGCCAGGAUGGAAGAGGACAUGAGGCAGGCACAUCGAGAAAGGGCAGAGGCAGAAGCUGAGGCAGGCAAACAAAGAGAGCUGGAGCAGAAGUUGAAGACAGCACAGAGGUUUAAAGAAGGUAGUCAAAACAGGACGCGUCAACUUGAGGAGCUGCUGAGGGAGAAGCAAAUAGAAGUUCGUCAGCUGCAGAAAGACUGCAUUGAGUACCAGGAAAGAAUAAGUGAACUGGGUAAAGAUGUUAAAUCACUGACUUUGGGGAAGGAUGAGGUGAGUGCAGAACUCGAGGCAGCACGCUUAGAGAUUGCAAAAAUUAUGCAAGACAGAACAAGUAUCCAAUCUGAACUUUCAACAUGUAAAGGAAAACUGGACAUGGCGCUGGAAGAAGCAAAGCAGGCCCAAGCAGACAAACUAGCUGCUGAACAAAUGGUACAGCACAAAGAGGCGGAAUUGAAGGCAGAUGCCGAGCGAACCCUGGAUGAAGUCAGGUAUCGCCUUGGAGCCGAGCUUAAACAGAUGGAAUUAAGACUGGAGAAGUCUUACCGGGAGCGGGAGAGGGAGGAAGAGGCAACUCUUGAGGCAAGGAGCAUUGCUGAGGCCACAGACAGGCAUGCCCAGGAAAUGCAGGCCCGUCUGGAUGAAGCACUGGCUCGGUUAGCUGCUUUUUCACGCUCCAUGUCAUCCCUGCAAGAUGACCGUGAUCGAGUGCUGGAUGAGGCCAAGCAUUGGGAGAGUCGUUUUCAUCGCGAGCUACAAGAAAAAGAAGCUGAUGUUCGGGAGGCUGAGACCCGUGCUAAAGAACUUGCUGAGCAACUCCAGAGGGAGACCACCCAAAAAGAGGAUCUACAGAGUUUAUUGGAAAGAAUGCAAAAGGCAGAAGAGAACCUACAACUAGAGCUGUCUGAGGCAGAAAAGAAACAUAAUGAAAGCGUUGCAGAUCUUGAGAAAGAAAGAGGGGAUCUGCAGCAGAACCUCGCUCUGGUGGAGACCAACCUGACCCAAACUCGUUCCCAGCUGACUACCCUGGAGACAGAGGCAGAGGGACUACGGAACCGGACCAAAGCUUUAGAAGAAGCAGUAGACAAGCUUCAAAGUGAAGCUAAUGAGGCACGUGCAGUGAUCAAAGAAAGGGAGACAGAAGAAAGGAGACUAUGCUUGAGGCUGGAGCAACUAGAAACAGACCUGGCAUCUUCAAAAAACCUUACUGACAAUCUUCAGGCAGCAUUGGAUGAGAAGGAGAAGAGGGUGAUGGAGCUCCUUGGUGAGAAGGAGCAAGCUGUCACGCAGGCUGUAGAGGAGGCUAGGAAGGAUGCUGAUGGAAGGGCCGAUAUGGCGGAGAAAGAGCUGGAGAAGAAGAGAGAGGAGUUGCGUAGUUUGGAAGAAAGGCUUCGUAAGGCUGAGGAGGACACCUUCCAGAGCCGAUCUCAGCUUGAGUCCUUUACCAAGGCUAUGGGCUCCCUGCAGGAUGACAGAGACAGAGUGCUUGGCCAAUACAAGCAGCUAGAGGAAAGACAUCUCCAGGUUAUGAUGGAGAAGGAUAGUCUGAUCCAAGAGGCUGCAGGUGAAAACAACGGGUUAAAGGAGGAGAUUCGGGCCCUGUUGUCACAACGGGAUGACCUCAAUGCUGAGAAUGCCAAACUGGCUGCUCAACUUCAUGGCUACAGAAAUGACCUGAACCAGGUUCUUGCUAUGAAGGACUCCCAGCACAAGCAGAUUCUUGCCUCGCAAGUAGAGCGCAUCAGUUUCCUGGAGAGAGAGAAAGAAGAUCUCGAGAGCCAAAUUCAGACUAUUGUAAAAGACGUUGCACAAGUAAAAGUACCUCCAUUGGAGCAGGAGAUCUUGAGCCAAACCAGUAAAGGGGUUGUUGGAAACGAUAUGCAAGAUGCACCAGGGGCUGAGAUAGAGAAGCUGAGGGAACAGCUCCAAGCUGCUAGAAAGCGCAUCACCGCUUUGGAGGAGACCUUGGAAUUGGAGAAGGAGACCCAGGCAGUCCACAACAAAGAGUUGAAGGAGCUGCGCUGGGAAGGUGGUGUUCUGCGCACUGAAGCUGAAACAGCCGAGGAAAGGGUUGCAGAGUUGGCACGGGACUUGCUGAUGAUGGAGCAGCAGCUUUUGGAAGAGAGGGAAGCAGCCUCUCAGCUUCGUGCUCAGAAUCAGUCUUUUGGUCAAGCCGUGGCUUCUCUGCAGGAUGUAAGAGAUCAGGCUGUCAAUGAGGCCAAGGAGCUGCGUCUCCGUUUAGAUGAGAUAAACCGGACGGGUUACCCAACUUCCCCUCCAAGUGGCUCCAAGGGAGAAGUGUGGAGUCUAAAAAAUGCCCUGUCAGCACUACAAAAUGACAGAGAAAGAAUGUUGGAACAGCUGCACUUGCAGCGGUCUGAAUUGGAUCGUCUUGGAUCAGGUGAACUAUCCAAGAUAACUCAGGCUCUGGAGGAUGAGAGAAGAAGGGCAGGUGAGCAAGAGGAAAAGAUCAUGGCAGAGAUGAGGGAUAGAGAUGCACAGAUGGACAGAUAUAAACAAGAACUAGAAAUGCUCAGGCUUGAGAGGAUGGAUUGGCAGGGCCAGGCCGAGCUCUUGAAGCAGCAGACCCUGACCACACUCUCAGAAAGGGACCAACAGGUUCGCCAGCUUACUGCCAUGCUGGAGGAAGCGCGGUCAUCAAAAUUACGUCUCGAGCACACACAAAGACAGGGAAGCCUUGCAGUAGACGCUGCCCCUGGUGGCCCUCUAGAGCACAACGAGGGCUACAAAGCUGAGUGCAUCGAACUCCAGAGAAGGCUGGAUGAAGAGUCAGAACAGAGACUCAGAGUAGAGGAGCAGCUCAUCGCUGCAGAGGAUCGCCUCAAACGCUACACACAGGGGGAGUGGCAGACAGCCUCUGAAGCCAUGAUGUCUGAGACGGCUGUGCUUAUUGAGCCUCCAGAGGGCGCUGUUACACGGACUCGUAGCGGCGGACCCGGGCUGCUACGGAUGCUGCGAGUAGCCUUCUGCUCUCGUCAGCGCACCCCUCUGCUGGUGUCCCUCUACCUGCUGACUGUUCACGUGCUGCUGCUGCUAUGCAUGGGAGGAUAUCUGUGAGAGAGAUUCAUCACGCUUUACAGAGAGAGAGACGGUUACAUGCUCAUUCACUUAUUAUACGAAACAAAUGGACACCAUAUUUAACACGGGGUUAAUUUACAUUCUUCUAUGAAUAAGUUUCCUUGCUUAAUUACCAAAGUUACAUCUGAUCUGUUUGUUCUUUUUUUUUUCUUUUUUAUCAGAGCAUUCUGACAAAAAAUAACUUCCACCCAGUUUUAAUGGGGCUUGUCCAGACUAGUAACACUAGAGCACUACCUGCACUUCCUCAUGAGCGUUACUUUACCCUUUAAGAAAGCCCAAAUGUAUGAAGGAAUUUUUAAAUGUCUAGAAAUGCAGAUUAAGCUGACGACGCCGGUAUCUGUCUAACAGGGUCUUUCACGUUCUCUGAAAAAUGCGUAAAGGUAGACGGCUUAUUUUGACCACAUUCCAGCUUCCUGUAAUUAGUUUUCUUUCUUGACAUGUCUUUAUUUUUCACAAAGUCACAGCAUUCAGAUGUAAAGUAACGGCGAAGCUGAUUCGGACACCGGAUGCGUCUGCAUGGCAAGGCCUCAAAAGCCUUCUAGAAGUGUCCUAGUGUGCUGGCGGUUGCUUUCAUGGCAGACUAGUUUGCCAGCUUGGUGCAAUACUGUCAUAUUUGUUUUGUUUUUAUUGGUAUUUCUAUAACACACUACACAUCGUGUUCUUCACAUCUGGACUACUAUUGCUUUUAUCCAUCCUUAAAGACGCAAAUGAAAUACUUUAGAUGUUUUGAUUCUGUUUCAGGUGUAGAAAGCUUCAUCAAAUCAUCCACGUUCUGCUUAUUUCCAGAUUUCUGAGACAAAGCUGGACGUCCUGAUCUCACUUAACUACUGUCGGUCUGAUCUGUUUGGGCUGUAUAGGGAUGGUUUAGAUUGUGGUUGAAAUGUUGUCUCUAUUUACGGUGAGAUUUUAAGAACAGCCCAAUGAGUGUUUUAUCUGUAAAGUCUGUAUAAACGAUCCUUUCUCUCCCUCCUGCUACCCUGUUGUAGGGGCUAUUUUUUUGGAAAUAAAGUCUAUUUAUGGGAAGACAUACA